AUGGAGGGUGAUGCCCUAGAUUGGUAUCUGUGGAUGGAAGAUCGUUUUCCAUUCUGUGAUUGGUAUGAUUUUAAAAUCCAACUUAGUGGUCGAUUUGGUUCAUUAAUAGCUAACAACAUGUAUUUGAAACUUUUGAACCUGAACAAGAGAGUUCUAUAUUGGAAUAUAGGGCAGAGUUUGAACGUCUCUCAGCCUGCCUUCCGAACAUACUAACAGAAAUACUGGAGCAUACAUAUUUGAAAGGACUCAAGCCUGAGAUCCAAUCAGAAUUAUCUAUGUCCGAGCCUAUUGGAUUACGGGAAAUUAUGGAUACUUCAAUACAGGCUGAAGCUCAUAUCUGUACUCUAUGGCAAGCAUGGAAGUAG